UAUCUUUGUUCGUGUGUGUGUCAGCCCUAAAAUUUACAAACCGAUCAGAAUCCCAAAAUCUUCCUUUCCAAUAAAGCUCCGGCGACGAUAAGAGCGGGUGAUAAUAGUUCACAGAUGUUGAUUGAUGGAUCCUGAAGGCAAGAGGUUUGGAAGAGUAGGGCCAAGAGAACUAACUGGGGCAGUGGAUCUUAUAAGUCACUACAAGUUGUUGCCUCACCACCAGUUCUUCUGCAAAAGGUCUCUUCCCUUGUCGAUUUCAGACUCGCACUACCUUCACAAUGUGGUUGGGGACUCAGAAGUUAUGAAAGGUGAAGGGAUGCAAUUGGAUCAGCUCAUUCAGGAUACAUCUUAUUCACGAGAAACAAAUGUUUGCAUACAGCCUUUUGACCUACCUGUCCUCACCAAAGCCUUUCAACUGAGAGAAACUGCUCCAAUUGAUCUGUCUACUGCAGAAAAGGGUGUUCCUACGAUUGCUGGAAAACGUAAAAGCGAGUCCAAAGAUAAGGAGCGGAAGCAUAAAAAGCACAAGGAUAAAGAUAGAGAGAAGGAUAAAGAACAUAAGAAGCACAAGCAUCGCCACAGGGAUAGAAGUAAAGACAAGGACAAGGAGAAAAAGAAAGAUAAAAGUGGGCAUCAAGAACCUGGUGCUGGACACACGAAGAAACAUCAUGAAAAGAAAAGGAAGCAUGAUGGAGAUGAAGACCUUAAUGGCAUUCAGAGUCACAAGAAAAGCAAGCAUAAGAGCUCAAAAAUUGCUGAGAUCGGCACCGUAAAAGUAGCAGGCUGAAAGAUUGCAGGUAGAUUUGGUUCGCUGAAUUUUUGUCCUCAGAUGUUCCAUGGAAAAUUUUGGAGGGUUGAUUCCUACUGUAGCUAGCUUUUUCAGGUGAAACCUUUGUUGUCAAGCUUUGAUUCUUUUUGAGUGUGCUUUGUAUAGGUCUUGCUUUGAAUGUUCAGUUAGUUGUGUAGCUAUUGCAUUGUAGACUGCUGGAAAGAGCCUGAAAAGACAGUUGCAUGACAACGCAUCUUUACAUCAUUUAAUUUUUUUUCGCCUGAAACAUACACAAUGGAAGAUGAGCUUGAGCUCGGCUCGAAAUUAAUUUCCUGAGCUCGAGCUCGGCUCAUGUAAGCUCGACACACGCAUGAGCGAAGCGAAACUUACACAGUGGACUGAAAUGAAGUCUCAUCUCCAGCUUCUUCAUAGUUUUAGUGUUGACAAGAGUGGUAUUUAAAUACUUAAAUCACACCCACCCGUGUGGUUAUUGUAGCUUUAUUUGCUCUGGGGCAAGCCUGUUAUGUGGGAUUCUAAUGAUUCUAUUGGUUCCGUCUAUUCAAUUUUUUUGUUUUGCUCAGCCCGUCUAUUCAUUUUACCAAAGGAUAUGAUACUGUCUAAAGAAAAGCUAACCUUAGGAAAAAGCUAUAAGGUAGCAUACCCUUCUGAAUAAGUUUUAUAUAUUCUCCAGGGGAAAAAAGGCCCAGCGGCCUGUCCUUCCAUGUCAUAUUGAACUUAUUGGAGGUAAGAAGAUUUAUCUGAAUCACCACUACUUGUAACUUGCAACAGUUGUCUGUUUGUUCUUACACGGCAGUAGAUUUCCUCUCUUCCAUCUUUAUUACUCACUGAUGUCAGACGAUUCAGACCUAGCACAAAAGUGGCAUCAUCUUUUUGCUUGUUGUGCUUAAUAAACGCGUUCUUUCCUUCCAUGCAGGACUCCGGACUAACUAAAGAUUGUCAAGAAGGUGUAUUCACCUGCCGAAGGGUAUUUGAGCGUGAGGCGGUAAUAGCUGAAAGCGAGCAUUUUAUCAUAGGAAUUGCUCUGAUAUAAGAUUGGCACUAAACAUGCUAGAUUUUGCCCUUCUCUUUCAGUUGUAAUGGCACUUUGGAUACCUCAUAAUUAUCCAGUCCCAUUAUAUUUACUGUUCUACAA